AGCAAUUUGCCGCCGCGCAGUCAAGAACUACCAUGGACUCUGUGUCCCCUUCCUUGACAUCCCUGCGACUUUUGGUUCCUCCUCUACGAUUCAUGACAGCCUUCAUGUGGCAAGUUGCACAAAAGCAGAAUGUUGAGCAUUAUGAGAAGCUGGAGAACUUUGUCUGUCUGGUGACAAAGGUGGUCCCAGACAUCCUUAGCUACAGACAGAAAGCCACUCUGGUUAUGGCACUUCGUGCGAAGGUGUUGUUGGAGAUGUGUAGAGGCGAUCAGCUUGUUGAUUCACAGACUCUUAAGACUCAUCUACAUCAAAUUCAAUCUGCUCAUCUUCCCAAGUCUAGACAUUCAGAAAUUGAUCAUUUGCAAAGAAACUUAUCAAGUCUUAUUUUAAAAUUGUUGGAGGACCCAGUUAAAAAGGAAGAGUUUUUUCAGAGGGUGUACCCUGUGGAGUAUGGGCCUGAUUUUGACAAAGCUCUGCAGGUUCUCGUUUGCCAAUUCAUUUCAAGGUUGGAACAGAUUCUCCCAAUACCAAAUUUUAAACAAGUUGCCUCCUGCAUUAGCAGUCCCUUGCUCUGGGAAGAAUGUAAGCAGUAUAUCUAUGAGACAGAGGGCCUUCAGCAUCUCCUGCAGGACAACUGCCACAGGUCUUUGGAUGACGAUGGUCUGCCCUCAAUAGUGGAGGAUAGAAUCAUCCUGUCCUUGUCACUGCCACACACAGAUUAUGCGCUCAACAGUCAGAACACUUUUCAAAAGAAGCCCUGUUCCCAGGACCUCCAGAGCUCCUCCUCUCAGACGCACCAAGACAACCCAAAGAGUCAGGGGUUUCACCAGCAGAGGGACCACGUAGAUGACCCAACAUUACGUGUGGGACAGGAGGAACAUGGAAUGUCCAACAAGCAGUUUGAUGUUGACCAUGAAGAUGUGGACAUUGAACUUGAUCUGAGUGACUCUGAGGCAGAGGGAAAGGGGAUUACAGAAGACACCAGCCUUUCAAACUUUGCCCAUUACUGUGGAAUAUCAAGAGGAGUACCUCAGACGGCUUCAACAGAGAGCGCUCAUUUGGAAGACAUUGCUGUAGAGAAACGGACACUUCCUGACACCUCUGGACAAAACCACAGUGAGUCAUUGCCAGAAAGGGCUCUAAAGGAGAUCACUGUGCCUUUACAUGAGUUCUGCUGGACUUUUCCAGUCAACAGUGAUCAGAUGUUGCAGGAGGCCCCAGCUGUAACUCAUCUUGGCAAGAAAGUUAUCAUGAAUGCCAACCUAAGUGCACCAACCGAAAAGUCAUCCCAGCGAACAGGUCACCAGGUGCUGUCAGACAUUUCCAACAACAACCAGGAUGAAGAGGGGCUCUUGCAGGAUGCGGCCAACUCAGAAGUAAGGCCUCCAGCGAGGACAAGCUUCUCCUCAGCAGGACCUGCCAAGAGCCUUGUGUCUCGGCUGGCUAAAAAGAAAUGCUCUCACUGCCACAGGUGCUUUGCCCACUAUUCUGACCUGCUGAAGCACCAGCGCUGCCACAGCAGGGACACAACGCACCAGUGCUCCCAGUGUGGAAUGAAGUUCCGAAACGCCUCACUCCUCGCUAUCCACAAACUGAAACACCUGAAAGCUCCACUCAAAUGUGCAACACAUCUGUGCGUUCACUGUGGCCGUGAGUUUGAGCGGCGCUCUGGCUUAAUGAGUCAUAUGCGGACCCAUCGUGUAGAUUCAUCCGCUAAAUCUUCAUCAGUGGAUUCAUCCGCUCCAUCUUCAUCAGUGGAUUUAUCCGCUAAAUCUUCAUCAGUGGAUUCAUCCGCUCCAUCUUCAUCAGUGGAUUUAUCCGCUCCAUCUUCAUCAGUGGAUUCAUCCGCUCCAUCUUCAUCAGUGGAUUCAUCUUGCUUUCAAGAGACACCAAAGGAAACCGAGGUGGCUGUGGCACAGACCAGUCAAACUGAGUGUCAGUUCUGCAAAAUGCAUUUCUCUUCUCUGCUGGAGUUGAAGAACCACUUGAUGAAGCACAAAGAACUCCGGUCCUAUUGUUGCAACCAGUGCGAUAAAAGCUUCAUGUCCAAAAAAGGCCUUCAGCACCAUUUGCCCCUCCACAAAACGGAUAAGCCAUGCCUUUGUGAGGUCUGUGGCAAGCAUUUCUACACUCCUUCCCAGCUCCGAUCUCACCGGAGGGGAGCACACUCCACUGAGCAGCACUGUUGCCCCUACUGUGGUAAAUUGUUCAGCCUGAAGGGAAACCUCAACAUUCACAUUCGCAUCCAUACUGGAGAGAGACCCUUCCUCUGCUCCACAUGUGGGAAAUGCUUCCCAUCUGCGGGAGACCUAAAGGUGCACGUGCGCAUCCAUACAGGAGAGAGACCGUUCAGGUGUGAAGUGUGUGACAAGGGGUUUGUCACCUCCAGUCAUCGCUUGGUCCAUCUACGCUCACACACGGGCGAACGGCCUUUCUCUUGCACCGUGUGCGGGAGACGUUUUGCACGGAGAGGGUGUCACCGAAAGCAUAUGUUGAUUCACUCAGGGGAAAAGCCCUACAAAUGCCCGGAUUGUUCCAAGAGUUUCCGUCGGAGUUCACACCUGAAAAAACAUAGAGAAACGCAUAUAAAAAAAUAAGUAAACUUCAAUAAAGUUUGUGAACAGACAAUUUGGGGAACCUUGUUCAAAAUGGCAUGCUACUGGUGAGAAAUAAAAUCUGUUAAAGAUUUUA